AUGACGACUUCUACCAAUAUGCACCUCGGCUAUGAAUGGAUGCGCCCAACUCUUGCCAACGACAAUCGAUCUGAUGUCUUGAACACUGAUAACGCCUAUUACUUUUCAUCGACUUCCUCGAACCUUGGCGAACAUGGCUCCAACCGACUCGAUGCCUUGUCAUCCACGACUUCAUCUCGCCAUCCUCAGUUCAACGUUAACCACGGACAGCAGCAGCACCAACAGCAGCAGCAGCAGCCUUCGCUUUCAGGUCCAGGCGUAGACCCCCGUUACAAAUACGCCAACGACUUGAUGUUGGGCAUGUAUCAAUCGGGUGGAGUUCCUGCCAAGCUUCAAGGUCAACAACAUGACUCGCAACCUUCCUUGUCGUUUGCUGGUCCAUUGGGUGAGCAAGAAGGAAAGAUGUUGGCUGGCCCUGCUCAUUCGAAUGAUAUGCAAUUUCUUCAAGGACAAGACCAACCUCAUGGCGCAAUGUAUGCGAGGAAUGCAAAUGAUGGCAUCAUGCAUCAUCAAUAUAAACGAGAUGAUGAUCAAUUUAACGAGAGAUCCAUCAAGGAACAAGAGCAUGAUCUUGGUCAAUCGGGUGGUUGGACACAAUCUGAUGGCAUUGGACACUCUAUGGAGAAUGGUGAACAAGAGGAUGUACCUGCUUGGGGUUCCAUCAAUAAGGAUGCUGUGGGGACAUUUGACAGCAACGGUGUAUUUCGACCUGAUGGCAAUGCUGGUGCUGGUGGUGCUGGUAUUCCUCCUUCAGGCGCUGAAGCACGACAAGGAGGUGGUGGUGGUGGAGGUAUUGAUUUUGGCAAGGAGAACAUUCAGCCCCACGAUGUCCGCUAUCGUGAAAUUGCUGCUGGAGGUGGUGCUGAUCAACUGAACUUUGCUGCUCCUCGCCCUCCUUCUCAAUCAGCUGGCAUGGAUCUUCCUUUGAAAAUGGACAGCAACAAUAUGAGUGGCAUGGCAUCGAUGCUUGAGACCUCGUACAAAUGGUUGUAUCGUGAUCCUCAAGGCAAUAUCCAAGGACCCUUUGGUGUUGAAGAAAUGCAAGACUGGUUCAAGGCUGGUUUCUUUGCUCCCACUUUGAUGAUUCGGCGUGAAGAUCAACCUCAAUUUGAGCCAUUGAUUGAUCUUGUCAGGAAAACGGGUGACGACAAGGAACCAUUUCGGACUGCCAAUCGACUACCAUCGGCUUCUUUGCAUUCAGCAGCAACCAUGGGUGGUGGUGGUGGUGGUGGUAUGGGAAUGCCUACUCCUCAAUCAGCCAUGCUAUCAUCAUUUCAUCCUCCUGCUGGUGGAGUAUCGUCAGCCGUAUUGGGUGGAUCAGUGGAGUUUGAUGCAAUGCCUGCUAGAGGCCCUUAUCCUGGUAACAUCCUUGGCAGACAAUCAACGGAUACGCAUGGCGGUGGUCCAUUGCAAAUGCCAAUGCCUGGAUUUGGCAAUGGAGCGUAUCCAAGCUCACUUGGGGUCUCUUCAAGUCUUUUGCAGCAAUCCAUGGCUCAUGGAAUGGUGGAUCCCAGCCGUAGCAAUAUCACCGAUCCAGGAUUUGUUGUCAACCGUGGCUCAUCUUUGGCUAGUACAGAACAACCACCAAGAGGUCCUUCAUGGCUGAAUAAUGAACCUUUCUCAGGUGGUAUGGAUUCCUCCAAUAUUGGCCCGUCACCCUAUCAUCCACCUCCUCAAUAUGCUAUGAAUCCACAUCUCGCAUCACAUAUGGGUGGUUCCCCUGGAUUCUUGGAGUAUCAGCGUGCAAUGAAUGAAUAUCAGCAACAACAGCAACAUCUACGUAUGUUACAACAGCAAAAUCAGGAGAAGUAUUUGCGAUAUCAACAGCAGCAGCAGCAAUAUCACCCAUCGGUAGAUCAGAGAACACCAUUGCAACCGUUGCCUGGUCAACAACAGCAAUAUGAAAAUCAACCACAAUUCCCGCCAUUUACCCAAACAAACACACCCCCAGCAUCUACAGAAGAAAAGGCUGAACCCGUUACUACACCACCACCUAAGCAACAUGAUCAAGUUGUGGAGCCUGAAGCUGAACCGAAGACUAUACCCCAAGAAUCACCUAUAUCUGAGGCAGCAGUGGAUAAGGCAACAAAUGAGGAUAAGACAACAACAACUCAACAACAAAAGACGAUUUCAGAAGACAACCAUGUUCCAGUGGAGGAUACAAUCACCAAACCAUUAUCUGAUAUGCAAUUGAACGAUGCUGAUCAAGGUGCACCAUCACUUGACGAACCAGCAAAGAAAGAACCAGCCACAAAGGAACCAGCAAAGAAAGAACCAGCCACAAAGGAACCAACAAAGAAGGAACCAACAAAGGAACCAACAAAGAAGGAACCAGCAAAGAAGAAAACAACGCCUACCACAUCACCACCACCAUCUGCACCUGCACCUUCUAUCUCAGAACCCAAAAACAGUGCACCACCUGCCAACAAGCCUGUUUCUUUGCGAGAUAUCCAAGCCGAGGAGCUUGAUAAGCAACAAGCAAUCAAGGCACAACAAGAGAAGGAAGCGACAGCAGCUUUGCAGCGACAAGUUCAAGAUGCCAGGGCGCAAGAAAGUCAACAAAAAGAUGCAUGGGCUGAGGAUGUUGAGCAAAGCAAAGGGGAAUCCAAAGCACCAUGGGAAUUGCCAGCUGCACCAAAAAAGACGCUUCGUCAGAUUCAACAAGAGGAAGAAGAAGCUGCAUCCAAAGUCAAAGCAAAAUCAUCAUCAACAAACAAUGCUGGAAUGGUGUCAGCUAUCAAAGGAUACGCUAAUGUUGCAGAAGGGCCUACGCCAAAGGGCACUACUAACAGCAGCAAUCGAUCUAUGUCGAAAACAACGACACCAUCAUCAUCCAUUGACCGUCGAUCACCACCACAGCAACAACAGCAACGUACACAAGUGAAGAAGCAAGUUUCUCCUCCUAUCAAAUCGGCCAUGGAAGGUGAUAUGAAGCCUCCUAGUGAAGAAUUCAUGCGUUGGUGUCGUCAAUCAUUGCGUGGAUUGAAUCGAGGAGUCAAUGUGGACGAGAUUGUACAAAUGCUGUUAUCGUUUCCAUUGGAUGCCAGCACUGGAGAGAUUAUUCAAGAUAUCAUUUAUGCCAAUUCUACAUCCAUGGAUGGAAGACGAUUUGCCAAUGAAUUUAUUAAGAAUAGAAAGGAGGAUAUUGCAGGCAAGUUUAACGUGACCAUCCCGGUGACAAAUAGUACAGCCUUGGAUGAAGGUUUCAAGUUAGUGACCAAGAAGGGUAAAAAGAAGACACAGGCUUGA